AUGUCAUCUCAACGACCCAAACUAGAAGCUAGAAAACAUAGCAGUCAACAUGAAUCUAUAUCGUCGUCGCGUCUGAAUUAUAUUCCACCUCCUCCAAGACUACGUAGCUACACCGAUCCCACACUACAGUCACUAUAUAAUGAUGACACUGGUUCAACUCGUUUAAUUCAUACAGCUCCUGAGAGCACAAAUGAGAAUGACGAUCAAAUAUCUUUUAUUGAAGAUAGUGAAGAUGAGAUGGCAGUUCUAUUGAGUUCCGCGUCUACCAGUUUACCGAAAUUAAGUUCCAUGAUGUUUAAUAAUAAUUUUGAAACUUCCAUGGAUACCAGUGAAAUGAAUCUUAAUUUAUAUCAUUGUAAUGAAUCAUCACAGUUGAAUAAUGAUAAUUUUAAUGAACAAGAUUUUGCCAUGCCAGCUGAUUUGGUGGAUAUUCAUGAUUUCUAUCAUUCACAGAAUAUGAUUGCUGAGGAUACUGAUGUGAUAUUGGUAACUAGUCAGAAGGAAGCAGUCAAAGAAAGGGGAGAAAUUGCUCAAGAUCAAGAACCACUGGUACUGAAAGUCUCCGUAGAACAAGAAGAUUACGAUGAUGAAUUUGAAAGUAAUAUUUCAGUAGACAAUGAAAAAAGUGAAUCCAUGGAUAAAUCAAAUAUGCUACUAACAGUGGGAAACAUAUUUAGACUCGAUCAAGUCAUGGGUACCCCAAAAGAAGAAGAAAUAUUAGAAUGUUCUACCCAAUGUGAUGAAGAUGAGUUUAAGGAAGUGAAACAACUGAAGAAAGAUGCGACAGUUGAAACUGAGUCUGUUCUAACGCUAUCGAAGACUGAUAGUAGCGAAAGAAAGAUAGAAUCCUUUCCAGGUGAAGUUCAAAUUAUAAAAGUACCGUCACCAGAGGUGAAAGACGUGGAUGACGUCGCGGAAGUGAAUAUAGUAGAAGAGAAGUUGGUGGAAUUGGCUGAUGAAAAAUUGAUUGAAAAACUGGAAGAAAAUGAUGAUAGUCCAGUCACAUGUACUGAAAAUCCAGACACACAGGAGAGUAAGGCCAAUCCCAAACUACAGCACAAGGAAGCUACCCAACCCGAACUAGAAAAUGAUGAAAAGGUAGUUCUAAAGGAGCUGAAAUAUUUCAAUGCAGCAGAAGAAGAAAAGCCUACACUUACUACUAAGGAUGUAUUGCCGACAACCAAAAGUCCAAAGAAAAGUAAAUCUAUUGCUAGUCCACUGAUGGGGCCAUCUUCCUCUUCAAUCGAGCUAAAGAAUUCAAGGGUCAUUGCUCGACCAGAGUCUAAAGUUGUAAAUGGCAACAAAGAAAAUCAUCAUGCUACUAUAUCAGCAACUAAAUCCACUAAACUCAUCAGGAAAAGAAUCGGUUCUAAACCAUUAUCAGAAAUUUGUAACCAACAACCAAGAUCAAGGGUUGGAUUAUCUAAAAGAGUUAGAAUUGAUUCGUUGCAUAACAACAUGAAAAAGAGAAAAACUACGUAG